CCGUCAAAUAAUAGUAGUUCUUCUCCCGGAAAUUUCCAAAGGAAAAGAAGUCCAUCUCAUCGUAGGGCUGCAGACCGCCGAUAUCCUGCUGGCGCCAUGGAAAAGACGAACACGGCCUCGACAGCAUCAACCAGGGCCAAAGCGCCCAAGAAGAGAAAUAGUGACGCACGUAAGGAGCAGAACAGAAUCGCGUCUCGCGCGUAUCGAGAGAAGCGGAAGCAAAAGCUGGCCCUAUUGGACGAGAUCCUCAAGUCCGACUCUCAGACAGAUUCGAUGAGUUCGGUGUCGGACGAUACUGAGGGCUAUACCGGACCGUGGCCGUUCCCCCAAAGUAGGCAUGCGUCAAACAGUCCCAUCCCCACGACGCUCUCCACGCCUCCCGCCGCUACGUCGUGGCCGACGACGAGUCAGCCCAUGUCGUCGGACGUCCAGGGUUACGGCCACAACAUCUACGACGGCUGGAUGAGCUGCUUCGACCGGCCGGACAACGCGCUGCCUACUAGCAACGACUACGUUCACCAGCUCAUCACCACCGAAAUCCCGGACCAUCCUUCUCCCCCAUACGGCAUGCAGCCUAUGCCGUCGAUAACAUCAACGCCGCCGACACCGCCUCUGCCGCUGGACCCGAUGCUUGUUGCUAAUCACGUUGUGCCACACCACCACUCGCAUCCCGUCCCGAACCAGAGCCUGUCCGGCCCGCCCGGCCUCCCGGUCUACGGGGACGACGAGAUCCAGCGACAGCUGUGGGUGUCUAGCCUCAAGGAUGACGCGUUGAUGGCGCUGGAGAGGUUCGCUGAGUACAGCCAUGUGCAGCAACGGCAGGUCCUGAGCCUGAUACAGAAGAGGAGAAGUCUGCCGCAGAACGCUACCGACGACCAAGGUAUGGAGUUUAGAUAUCUGGCCUGCCAAGGUACGCCUCCAACACAAUUCGCAAGCACCGACUACCGAAAGUACCAGAGCCCUCGGCACGACUCCAGGUAGCUUGCUCCAGGCGCUCACCGUGAAGACGCUUGACUCCGAGGUCGCGUAGACCGCAUGCUCGGCUCCCCGACGACCCCUCCUUGUGGGUUCUUCAUGGCCCCAGUCAAAAUUUGAAUUACCUAUACGCAUAUCCGUCCACUCACUCCACGAAUCGCCCGGCGAAAUUCUUCAGCC